GGCCACUGUAUAUUCUGAAAAAAGAAAACCCCAAUUCAAGAUGGCGCUGCGCAUGGUUUAUUCUGUUGUCUUGCGAAGUAGGACGGAUUUAGGGGUCAGCAAUGUGCGGACAUUUGUCACAACAGCAUUUCUCUGUAGACGGGUACCUUUAGGUCCAAUGCCAAAUGAAGACAUAAACGUUAAAGAACUGAAGUCAUUAGAGAAGUAUCGCAGCUACAAUCGGUAUUUCAGACAAGCCGAGGAGGCACAGAACAAACCUGCCUGGUGGAAAACGUACAGGAGCUACGUGGAAAAAUCUGAUCCUGAGCAUGGUGCAGAGCAGGUGGACAUCAGUCUGCCGUACUGUCAACCCUGCAGGAUCAAAGAAGUGAAGGAGAGAAGUCAGGUGAUGAAGAACAACAAGGAGAAUGUUGAGCUGGAAAGAGCUGCGCGUCUGCGCACCUUGAAGAUACCUCUGGAUCGAGUGCAGGAAACCUGGGAGAAGAGCAGUGGUCCGUUUCAUAUAAAGAGACUAGCACACCACUAUGGCGUUUUCAGAGACCUCUUCCCAAUGGCAUAUUUUUUACCUCAAGUCUCACUCUCCAUUUGCUAUGGCCAGGACCACAAUGGCCAAGUGUAUUAUGGGAACCACCUGACACCAACACAAGCAGCAUCUGCCCCUCAGAUCAGCUUUGAUGCAGAGGAGGGCUCCCUGUGGACCCUUUUGCUUACCUGUCCAGAUGAGCAUCUUCUGGAUAGUGAGGCAGAAUACAUCCACUGGCUAGUGGGGAACAUACCAGGUGGAGCCAUUCAUGCUGGAGAGGAGCUGUGUCACUACCUGCCCCCCUUUCCGGCCCGAGGAACAGGGUUCCAUCGCUACAUUUAUGUCCUCUUCAAGCAGGAGGGCCCCAUCAACUUUGAGGAAGAAGUCAGGCCGUCGCCAUGCCAUUCUCUGGUGGAUCGCACAUUUAAGACAGUGGAGUUCUACAGGAAGCAUCAGGACAGCAUGACACCUGCAGGCCUGGCCUUCUUCCAGUGCCAGUGGGAUGAAUCUGUCACCAGCACCUUUCACAACACACUCAACAUGAGGGAGCCCGUGUUUGAGUUUAUCCGGCCUCCAGUGUACCACCCCCCACAGGUCAAAUACCCCCAUCGACAGCCCCUGCGCUACCUGGAUAGAUACAGAGAUGGAAAAGAACACACCUAUGGAAUAUAUUGAUUAUGAGACGCAUGCUGAAAGUUGAUGAAAUCUCAACACAUUUUCUUCCAAAUGUGGAAUUAUGUUGGACAUAUUUAUGUUAUAUCAGUAAUAAAACUUUUUUCAGCCGU